CCCAUGUGGAUCUGCCCAGGCGGCGGCGGCGGCGGCGGAGGAGGCGACCGAGAGGAUGCCCGCCCUGCGCCCCGCUCUGCUGUGGGCGCUGCUGGCGCUCUGGCUGUGCUGCGCGGCCCCCGCGCAUGUUGUCCAGUGUACAGAAGCUUACUGGAAGGAGUGGCCAACUAGUUAAAGGUUUGACACCUCAAUAUCAACAAAAUGCCAAGUGGAUCAUUUUGACUCUCGCAGCAAUCCAACUGGACAUUUGACCAUGCCCCGUGGUCAGUGGAGAGCUUCUUCUCUGAAGGCCACUUUUAUCUAGCACAUCAAGGCUAUACACCUCUUUCACUAAGAAGAAUUUGGCACUUUUAUGUUGUGAGAGCUGAGAUUCACCAUUCUCCACCAUCCUGAGAAGAGCUUUGAUAGAAGGGCUACUCCUGAGGAACUGUGAUUCCCUGAUUUAGGAUCAGGCCCGGAAACUGUCUUACCUACGGCAAAAAAUACGAGAAGGGAGAGGUAUUUGUUAUCUUAUCACCCAGCAUGCAAAAGAUACAGUAAAAUCUUCUGAGGAUCUCCUAAGGAGCAAUGACAUUGACUACUACCUGGGACAAAGCUUCUGGGAGCAACUCACCCAGGGAAGCCAGCUGACAGAGAGGCUCACCAGCAAACUCAGCACCAAGGAUCAUAAAAGUGAGAAAGAUCAAGCUGGACUUGAGCCACUGGCCCUCAGGCUCAGCAGGGAGCUGCAGGAGAAGGAGAAAGUGAUUGAAGUCCUGCAGGCCAAGCUGGAUGCUCGGUCCCUCACACCCUCCAGCAGCCAUGCCUUGUCUGACUCCCGCCGCUCUCCCAGCAACACCUCUUUACUGUCUGAUGAGCUGGAAGCCUGCUCUGACAUGGACAUAGCCAGCGAGUACACACUCUAUGAAGAGAAGAAAGCUUCUCCCGGUCACUCAGAUUCCAUCCAUCAUUCGAGUCAUUCUGCUGUGUUGUCUUCUAAACCAUCAUCAACCAGUGCAUCUCAGGGGGUUAAGGCCGAAUCCAACAGCAACCCCAUCAGCUUGCCAACUCCCCAGAAUCCCCACAAGGAGGCCAACCAGGCCCAUUCAGGGUCUCACUUUGUCACCCAGACUGAAGUGCAGUGGCACAAUCUCGGCUCACUGCAGCCUCAACCUCCGGGGCUCAAGUGACUCUCCCACCUCAGCCCCCCAAGUAGCUGAGAUUACAGGUGCCAGCACUCUUCCUUCUGCUUCCACAGCUACAUUGCCGAGCAACGACUUGGAAGCCGACUCUUCCCACUACCUCAACUCUGCCCAGCCUCACUCUCCUCCUAGGGACACCAUAGAACUAGGAAGAAUCCUGGAGCCUGGGUACCUGGGCAGCAGUGGCCAGUGGGACAUGAUGAGGCGUCAGAAAGGGAGUUUAUCUGGGGACCUAUCCUCAGGCUCCUCUGUGUACCAGCUUAACUCCAAACCCACAGGGGCUGACCUGCUGGAAGAGCAUCUUGGUGAAAUCCCGAACCUGCACCAGCGCCUGGAGGAGUCCAUCUGCAUCAGUGACCGCCUAUGGGAGCAAGUGGAACACUGGCUGACCUCUACUGCAUGUGGAAGCGGAUCCACCUCUAAGUUCUACAGUCAGGGUCUGGAGUCCAUACCUCAGCUCUGCAAUGAGAACAGAGUCCUCAGGGAAGAAAAUCAGAGACUUCAGGCUCAACUGAGUCAUGUUUCCAGAGAGCAAUCCCGAGAAACGGAAAGCCUGAAGGAGGCUCUGCUGUCCUCUCGAUCCCACCUUCAAGAGCUGGAAAAGGAGCUGGAGCACCAGAAGGUGGAAAGGCAGCAGCUUUUGGAAGACUUGAGGGAGAAGCAGCAAGAGGUCUUGCAUUUCAGGGAGGAACGUCUUUCCCUCCAGGAAAACGACUCCAGCUUACAGCCUGGAUGCCUGUCACCAAAUCCUUUUGAGCAGUGACCUGAGCCACCUGGUGGCAGAGGUAUGAGCUCUGAGAGGGCAGCUGGAGCAGAGCAUUCAGGGGAACAAUUGUCUGCGACUGCAGCUGCAACAGCAGCUGGAUAGCGGUGCUGGCAAAGCCAGCCUCAGCCCCUCCAUUAACCAGAACUUCCCGGCCAGCGCUGACUCUGGAAACAAGCAGCUGCUCCUCCAAGAUUCAGCCGUGUCCCCUCCAGUCUGGGAUGUUGGUAUGAAUUCCCCAGCUCUGGUCUUCCCCAACUCUGCUUCCUCUACUCCUGGCUCAGAAACGGCCAUAAUCAACUGAGCAAAUGGCUUGGGUUUGGAUACUUCUCCAGUAUUGAAGACCCCUCGCAAGCUGGAGGGUGAUGCUACUGAUGGCUCCUUUGCCAAUAAGCAUGGCCGCCAUGUCAUUGGCCACAUUGAUGACUACAGUGCCCUAAAACAGCAGAUUGCAGAGGGCAAGCUGCUGGUCAAAAAGAUAGUGUCUCUUGUGAGAUCAGCGUGCAGCUUCCCUGGCCUUGAAGCCCAAGGCACAGAGAUAGUCACAUCUGUAGCUUUAGGUGCACUCUUUCCUUGUGCCCUUUCUUCCUUUGAUGUUAACUCCUUCUCCCACCAUUUUUGUUUUUUUGUUUUUUUUCCAUGCUUUGCAUCUCUCAACAGCUGAGGCUUCCUCUUCCAUGCAUAGCAGCCAGGCCCUUUCUUCUCUAUCUCCUAUUUUCACUGUGAGUUCUGCUCUGUUCCAUAUAUAGCUGACUGGAUAUUUCCCCUCAGCCCCACAGAAACACGUGGCAUUGCCUAGCAGCCUUUGGUAGCUUAUUAUCUACCAUAGUCUUGCAGGCACA